ACAGGCAACAACGGCGGCGUUGAAUGCAACGAUGGCACCACAGGCAACAACAGCGGCGUCAAACGCAACAAUGGCACCACAGGCAACAACGGCGGCGUCAAACGCAACAAUGGCACCACAGGCAACAACGGCGGCGUCAAACGCAACAAUGGCACCACAGGCAACAACGGCGGCGUCAAACGCAACGAUGGCACCACAAGUAACGAUGGCGCCAAACGCAACGAUGGCACCAGCUACCACCACAGCGCCCCCACUGACGCCUAACACCACAGUCACAGUCCUUCAAGAUCCCGUCACUAAUACCGGAUGUGGAACCCAACAGCUCUGUGCAGCUCAGCCCUCUGAUUGCAAUCCCAACGCAACAGGCUCGUGUUUCUUUCUCGCAGCCAGGCAGACCAGUGGUCAGAACUUUGAGUUUGGGCUUUCAGGGGAGUCUGACGGCUAUUUGGCUUGCACCUUGACACCAAGCGGGUCAACGGGAAACGACACCACUUACAUCUGUGCAAAUGACAACGGAACAGUUGUUUUCAUCUCCGCUUUCCGCAACGGCAACACGCUGACUCGAACGAAACUAAAUGUGAACAAUGUGAAGGGAAGCGUCAAUAACAGGACAAUCCAGUGCACAUUUGCGGCCACUGUGCCAGAUACAAGUAGGAGAGCGGCAGGUUUUAGUCUCAGUGUUUCCACUGGAUCAUUCAACAGCACUAAUGGUGCACUUGGAACCCCCAAUGACCAGAUAAGGACCGGUGUUGUAGACCUGACAAACGCUAACCAAACAGUCACCAACAACGUCACCUCAACCAGCUCAACCAACGCAACCACGGCUGCACCCACUCCUGUUGCCACCACAGGCAACGCAAACACACUCCAGCAGUCCAUCUCACAAGCUAUGCUGAUCAUUUUGGGUGUGCUGAGCCUGGCCAUGCUAUGAGGAAUCUGACACUUCCACGAGUUCAUCUGCUAAAUUUUAAGCUGUAGAACUGCAACAUGUGACAAUUCUGCACUGCACAAUUGCACAAUUCUAAUCUGCAGAACCACCACCACCACCGUUCUUUUUCUUGUCUUAUAUCUGAGUAAAUGAAACAGCUUUAAGUUCAGGUUGGUCGAUUAUUGAAAAAACACUCUCUGACGACAUCGUUUAACUAGAUUUCAAGGAGCUUUUUUCAUACAAAUUUAAAGAAAAGAUCAACUAAUUUUGAAAUAAUUAUUAGUUGGAGCUCAUACAACCAGCUCUACAUCUACCAUAGGGUUUACUAUAUGUCAUAUAUGCUUGAUUUGUUUUUAUUUUUUAUUAACAUACUUUAACAGUGUCAACUCACUGCAAAUAGAAAUGAAGGAAUUGGUUGAUUUAUGAGCAUUCCACUGGUUUCAGAUCGUUUUUGCAUGUGUGGAAAAAAUAGGUUUAAUUUUAAUAUACGUUUUACACUCACGGGACCGCUGGAAUCUGUCCUAUGAGCUACUUUUUCUCAGGCAAAACCAAAAACUCUCUGCACUAAGAGUAAAUCCUGGGGUGAUGGCAAUUAAAGUGAGCAAACUACAAACCAAACCAAAAUGAAGUAAACACAUAUGUGACUUACCACUAGAUGUCACUGUAGAUGCCCAAUUGUGGUGUCUACGCUUAAACCCACAUCACUGACAUCUCUUUUAGUGACUAUUUACUGUUUUGGGUGAUUUUUUUCUGUGACAUUGGCUACACAAAACAUUUGUCUUUUAUUGCUCCCUCACUUGAAAUGAUGCCAGCUAAUAGCAGAUGUGUAUGUGUUGUUUUUGUUUUGUUUUUAAACCAUACUUGGUUAAGUAUGAAUGCUGAAUGAGUGGUUGAGAAUGUAUUGUCUGUAAUUAUUGUUGAAGAUUCAACAAUGUUCUCAGAAUGAAGCCUUCACUGGUGGAUUGUAUGUGUGUGUAUGAGGACAAAUGCAAAUGAUGCUUUAAAUUAUAUUAAAAAUAUGUUGGUUACAUUGAUUUUGCACAAUGCGCUAUGCAACAGUUCUGUUGUAAUUAAUAUUUUUUAAAUAAACUAUUUUAAGAAAAUUGUUUUAUUUGUGAUUAAUAAAUGUAUCAUCAGUUUCUCUGAAGGGAUGAAUAAAGUCUGCGUGUUUCUCCAUCUGUA